UCAUCAGUCUUUCCAUUUUUCUGUGACAUGACAUCAAAGGGCGGGGUUGGUGUUACUGUGAUUGGACAUGACAGUGAAUCAAGAACAAAAGUAGACGGUUACGAAAAAGCUGGAUCGUACGAAAGGAAUGUUACAUAUGUCGCAACAAUGGACCAAAUUGUCUCCGUAAUAAAACAAUCUGCACAGUGUGAACAAUUUAUCAAGUACGAAUGCCAUUUUAGUGAAUUGUUUGAUGAAGACGAUGGCUGGUGGGUCUCUCGUCAAGGUAAGAAGAUGAACUAUUGGGGUGGGGCCGCAGUUGACAGCGGAAAAUGUGGGUGUGCAAUGAAUAAUAACUGUUACAAAGGAUAUGAUUGCAACUGUGAUGCAAAUGAUGGAGUGCUACGGGAAGAUUCUGGAUUUUUGAUGGACACGAACACCUUACCUGUCAAGCAGCUCAGAUUUGGAGAUACUGGUAGUUCACAUGAAUGGGGAUUCCAUACUCUUGGUAAAUUACUGUGCUGGGAAUGAAAGAAUUAAUAUUACCCUAGGAUUCAGUAGCUCAGAUUUAAGAACCUAGGCUUUCAUUAGAUUUGUAGCAUGUAAACAUCAAGCAAAUUUCAAAUAUACAUGUAGUUCGCCCGCUAAGAUUUAAAAAAAUGUACUGAAGCUAAACUCGAACUAAAAUGAUUAUUAUAGGUAUCUUUGAUAAAUUUUCGUGCUAGGACAUUCAAAAUUUGCCUUUGCUCAUUGUGCAAAAACGGCAAUUGGCCAUACUUUUGUAAUAAUUGCAAAUUCGGUGAUUGCCAGAUUCACCCUGUUUACAAAUCAAUCUCAUACUCGUGGUCAUUUUUCCGAGCAACAAAAUGAAAGGAUUAUUAAUUUACUGAUCGAUUGAUAUACUGAUUACCGAUCAGAUUGAUAUACUGAUUA